CGAGUCCCGGCCUCAGGUCGCGACGGGUGUUCAGUUCACAGGCGAGAGCCGUGGCGCGCGGUUCGCUCGUGUCGUAGUGUCGUCGUCGUCGUCGUCGUUGUUGUCGUCGUUAUCCUUCUCGUCCUUGACGUUGUCGCGACGUCGUCUAUCGUUGUUGUUUUCUUUUUUUUUUACGUCGGACAUAAAGAUCAGAGUGCACGGAAACGUGUUAAUUUUGUUCGAUUCGUGAAGGAGAUCGAAAACGAUCGAAGGAUUGAAACUUCGAACCGAGAUAAACGGAAGAGGUUCUCGAGAGAAUCUGUGUGCGAAAAAAGUGGCAACUUUGACCGAUAUCCGUAUUCGCGUGGACGCUCUUUCGAACGGGAUACGUCCGUAUAUCGGUUUUCCUUUUGGUGCGUGUUUUUCUCUUUUUUUUUCGUUAUUUUUCCUCCUCUCUUUCUCAUUUCCUCUUUCGCGUGUGACAGUGACGAUACAGUGUGUGCGGCGUAAAGUAGAGAAGCGAUAAAAAAGGAAAAGGGAAGAGAUCACGAGAUAGAUAGAACGUGAUCGGAGAAACUUUUCAACGGUGGAAUUAUCCGAGGAAGAAGGCUACGUAAGGAGGAGAAAGAGGAGGGAGAAGGACGAAGGAAGAAGCCGACUGUUAAAAACCGAAAGCAAGAACGCGAAAGCACUUCUUACCAAGUGAUGCACUGAAGCAGAUCGUCGUUUCGUAAAAGAGAGAGAGGAAAAAAAGAAGAAGAAACAAUGAAAUUUUUGGCGUUAUCGUUCCUUCUUUUCCUCCUUAACAACGUUUUCUGCGUCGAGUGGAAACACAGCGCGAUCUUGGACAAUAAUUUUCUCGUUCUCUGGACGCCAGGCGACAAGGAAGUAACUUUUGAGAUUCAAGUGAAGACACUCGGUUAUGUCGGGCUCGGUUUCAAGAAGGAGGACGGUCGAGAGGGAGCCGACAUGGUCAUCGGUUGGGUGGACAACAACGGUCAGGUUCAUCUGCAGGAUCGACAUAUGAAGGAUGUGAGCAAGGAUCCAGAGGUGGAUUCGAGCCAAGAUUAUCGUCUCCUAUUGGGUUACGAGAACAAGACGCACACCGUGUUACGUUUCAGCAGAAGAUACGACACAUGCGACUCCAGGGAUCUCAAGAUCACGAAUGAUACGAUGCAAGUGGUUUGGCAGUAUCACGCGAAGGAACCCGCUUCGGUGGCUGGUGUUCUGCCUGGUCAUGGUGCGGUAAGAGGAUCUAGACCGUUGUAUCUAGUUCAGAGAGAUACGCAACCGAAACGCUCGUCUCACAAUCAGGAGAGCGAGCCCGUUCUGAAGACCUGGGACGUAUUGAAUCAGCAGGUCAUACUGCCAAGAGACAAGGAUUCGUUACUUUGGUGUCGAGUAAUAAAAAUGCCAAACAUCAAUCGCAAGCAUCACGUUGUCAAGUACGAGCCGGUCAUCGAACCCGGGAAAAACACGUACUUGCACCACAUGACUCUGUACGAGUGUCCUAUUAAUAAUCUUCAGCUUGAAGAAGCUUCGAAAACAACUGGCAGUAUUUGUUACAAAGACGACAACGCAACGCAAUGUAACACGAUUGCUGCUACAUGGAGCUUGGGAUCCGAGGGCUUUAAUUAUCCGCCCGAGGCUGGCUAUGCUUUGGAUCCUGACAACGGUUCGCGUUACUACAUGCUCGAGACUCAAUACAUCAAUCCUCAGCAAUUAGUAAACGACAACUUGGUAGUCAGUGACAGCUCGGGAUUGAGAUUGUAUUACACCGAUCAACUGAGACUUCACGACGCCGGAAUUUUGAGCAUAGGUAUUGAUCCUAAUUGGAGGCACAUUAUACCACCCGGACAGCCCGAAGUCGUCUCCGAAGGUCACUGCAUAGCCGAGUGUACCGGACAAACUAUACCUAAUAGCGGGAUAAACAUGUUCGCGGUGAUUAUGCAUACCCAUCAGCUAGGAAGGAAGAUCAGAUUCAGACAGAUUCGUGCUGGAGAGGAACUUCCUCCGAUCGCAUCGGACACCAACUACGACCCUACUUAUCAAGAGUAUCGCAAGCUCCAACGUCCCGUUAAAGUUUAUCCGGGCGACCACUUAGUCGCGGAAUGCACGUACUCGUCCGAGUCCCGUUCGACUAUUACGCUCGGAGGUUUGAUGACGAGACAAGAAACUUGCCUGGUAUCCGCUCUUUAUUAUCCUCGGAUCGAACUAUCGAUCUGCUACUCUUUGCCAUCUUUGCCGACCGUCCUGCAAAGUCUCGGCGUCCAGAAAGUCAUUCAAGACUCGACUUUAGUGAAAAUCCAGGAACCUAAGAGCCUUUCCGGGAUGACCUUGGAAGACCGUCUUAUAAGCUACGACUGGGAGACGAGCUUCCAAAGCUUCCAAGAAGCUACCAGAGUCGGUACGUUCAUGCCGCUAUGUUGGACCAGCAAGGGUGUCCUACAGGGGACGGAGUCGCUGGUAGCGCACUACCCGCGAAUUCUCUACUCCUACGAAGAGUCCAAUUUAGCUUGCUCGGACAUGGGCUACCCGAUGGACGCUGAGAGCGACGAAGCAAACGCGGUCGAACGUGGACAGUUGGUACGAAGCAAGGUAUCGAGAAGUAGCGAAGGACCAACCGCUGCAAGUUCCCCUUCGAUUUCUGGCCCGUACUCCUUGCCACUGAUCCUCGGCACGACCCUCUUGGUAGGACUCGCGGUUGGACUUAGGUGAACUAUCCUGAUCGGAAUUCGCGCGAUCGUCCCAAAUUCGAAGAGGCACUUUCGAGGAUCCGCGGUGUGAGAAAUAAAUAAAGGCGAAAGAAGGGGUAGACGCGAGCCAAGGCGAAGCUGGAGAGGAAAGAUGAGAAGAAGGAGAGGCUUCUUCCGCCUUUGUCACUCGCUCUUGGAUCUUCGAUCGGGCUCUCUCAGAGACGGGAUUCGGUUCUGCUCCGUUCGAUACCGUUUCCGUAUCCCUCUCUCCCUAUCUCUUGUGGAUCGAGCUAGCGCGGAUCAUCGCGGAUGCGUGAGAUCGCGUGCACCGUGAGUACAUGCCACGGGUCGUCCUGGCACUUGUCGCUUAAGUUUAAGACGCGUUAAGAACACGUUUCUUCUCGACGUUUAUCCUUUGCGAUGAGAAACGGCUCGAGCUUUUACAUCUUUCGGGGAAUAAUUUGUCAAACUAUCUUUCUUUUCGAACUUCUUUAUUCGUCGCGAAGAAAGUGCCCAUGAUUUUCCUUCUUUCUGUUUACUGGCUCAAAGUUUCCCACGAAUCGAAGCUCGAGUCGAUAAAAAAGAUUUUAAUAUCGCACGGAUCUCGUUACGAUCGCGUUCUUUUAACCGUUGACGGACUUGCGCUCCUGCGAUAUUAUCGCGUGGAAUUUUUCGCAAAAGAAUCGAAUACCUUUCGGUCGUGAGAGAGCGAUGUCGGAAAACCAAGAAAAAUUCUCCAUGAAUAUCCGAUAUUUUCAAAGGGCUUUAGUUUUCUAUUCCGAGGAGACGAGAUAAACGUCGAUAAAAUUCAAGAAUUUCUUAUUGAAGAAGACCCUAAGAAAUGGAGAAAAAGAAAAAUUUGUAAAACGCAACAUUUAUUUUCCCCGUUUUUACGACGUAAAACGCGCCGAGAAUAGAGAGAAAAGAAAAGACCGAGACGAAGCUUUCACCCUUUUAUUUUAUUCCGCUCAAGGAAAUUUCUGAGAUAGUUACUUUGCAGCUCGUUCAUGAGGAUGAUUGCAUAACGCAUGCAGAAACAACGUGCAACGUACAGGUACUCCCUUAUUUCAGAGCCAAGCCAACUUUCGAUCCUUCUUCUACGUGGUACCUUGCGUAAUGUCCCGAUCGAAGAAAAUCACCGACGAGCUAGCAUACGUAAAAACGCGCCGAUGUAUUUUCCGAUUCCUCCUAGACGAGCAAGAAAACUCGUAGAGAAAUACCUCGAAUCGAAUCGAGUUUUCUUAAAAAAGCUCUCUCACACAAACACAAACUUUUUUAUUUCCCUUCCCUAUGAAAUAUCUACCUCUCCCUCUUGCUAGCUUUUUGAGCGCGAAUUUUUUUAAUUGGAAUUCAUCGACGACGCAAAAAGUUUCCUCGAAACGUCCCGUAAGCGGCGACGAUGACAAAUUUUCAACGUAAAAGCUUCGACAUUCGAUACGACCACGACGACGCGAUUUCGUUCGAUCUCGAUCGAAAAGACCAAAAGGUAUUCUAAGCGUAAAGAGAUCCGCCGUAGUCUCCCUUAAAUUCGUUUCCUUUUUAUAGCUUCUUUGAAAGAAGUAUCGAGAUAAAGAUUAUUGUUGAUUGUUUAUUUACCGAUUCGGAAGUCGAACAAAAUAUCUCUCUAAUCUCUUCACCAUAUGAGAACGCAGCUUUUCAUUCGGUAGAUCUACUUCUCGUAACGUUGCGAUUCUCUCGCCACUUACGUUUCUCGCCUCGAUUCGUUCGACUUCCGACUCACGAUUGUAUAUUUUGUUAAUUAGGCUACGUUGGCAAAUGAGUUUUUAUAAGAUCGUAUAAACAUUGGUUGAUUUACACGCACGAUCACACAAGUACACUCGCGUAAACACAUAGACACACGACGCAGGGCGAUGUUUUCUACUUUGUAAGCUCUUUCGUGUACCUCGUUAUACGUUAUUUUUUGUUAACUCUCGUGUUACUUAACCAACGUUUAUAUACGGACAUAUACACGAAUGAUGUAUGCAUAUAAAUAUAUAUAUAUAUAUAUAUAUAUAUAUAUAUAUAUAUAUAUAUAUACAAAUAAGAAGUGAAAGACGAUUAUCUAUUCGACGACUCUGUGUAACAUUCUGUACAGUUUAUUAAUUAUAUGUAAUAUUGUUAAAUGCGCUUUCCACGUGUUCGACGUGUCGGACGUACGAAUUAUUAUUUAUUUCUUAUUUAAUUGUAAAAAGUAAAGAAAAGAAGGGGAAGAAGAGGUUAUCACGGAUUUGCGAUGUUUGACAAUUAUUGAAUAGCCACUGAAAACACAUAACACGCGUCGACACAAUCCACAAAUACUCUUCGCGAAUUUAUUCGUAUCUAGGGAAGAAAGCGUGUACCUUUUCCAUCCGUUUACCAUCCCUUAUGUCUUUCAAUGAUCGUUCAUUCGAAUUUAUAGCUCACGCUUAUCCGAUGUAUGCGAGUUCCUGACGCAUAUUUGAAAAUUAAUUUUUAGCAUAUUUCAUGCGUCAACUAUUCGUCCACCCGACGUAUUUCGAUCUAUUAAAUUAGACAAAGUAAAAGAAUCUCCUUACUCGUUCGUCGGUAGGAUUUAAUAUCAAUAGGAUGAGAUUAAGUGGAAGUAAUAACGAGUAUGAUUAUUGCAAUCGUUUUUCAAGGAAAAUAUUUUCUUGCGUUUUGAAAAGAGUUGUCCGGAAUCAGUUUUAAUCUUUUGGAUAGAAUGUAAUCGUUCUAAAUAGUAAUAAUUACAAAUAAAUCCAUGAGAAAGACUAACUUUCGAAAUUGCCAAGAGAUAUCCUAAAGCACGAAAAUCGAACAAAGAUUUUAAGAGGAGAAGAUUUUAUACGGAUUCAUUGAUACUAGGUGGACAUGAAUCGAAGCAAGCGAUCGAGCUCGAAUUAGCGAAAACGGAAAAAAUAAAAAAGUAAUCACAUUGAUUUAUUCUCCUUGCUUUCAAUCCUUGCUCAUGCACUUUAAAAAAAAAUUAGGAUUCUAAUUAAUCGAACUAGAUCAAUAUGAUACACGUAGCGAGACGUUUUGCAAUUUAAUACCACGAUUAUUCGUAAAUGUUAUAGGAAAAUCUAUGUAUGUAGUAGAGGUACUACUUUUAGGGCAAUCAUGUGAGUGUCUCUCUCUCUCUCUCUCUGUCUCUCUAUCUCUAUCUCUAUCUUUUCUCACCAUCUUUCCAUUGCGAUCGAGACGUUGCUGGAGGAAAAACUGCCAAUUUUUUUUUUUUUUAACAACUACAAAUAUUAAUUAUCAACGACGCAAAUAUUUUUGUUAUAAAUGACAAUGGGAUAAAGAAGACCGAUCUAUAUCUAUAAAUCGAUCGAAUCUAUUCUAUGUUUUUGGAUUCUCUUCUCCUAUUACUUCAAUUACUAAUCUGUGUACGGCACGAAGGAAAGUCGAUAAAGAAAUUCGCAUAGGGCGAAUUUUUCGAGCACCAGCUCGUUCGAAUUUAGUGCUACGAUCUUUUAGAAAAGAAAGGAUUGCGUUUAGAUGAUUCCUCGGCUCGAGGAGAUAAGCAUUGCGAUAAGCUGCCGGUGAUAUGAUCAGAACAAUCAAGAAAAGUUUAAGCUGGAAAUAAAUGCGAUAAUUAGGCGAAUCUCUAGAGAAGAAUAUUUACGUAUUUAUACUCGAAUCAUCCUUGCAUCGUGUGUAUGUUUAGCUCGUUCUUCGUCACGAUUUCCGCCAUUUAUCGCGAUCUCGCAAAAAACGUUCGUGAUUACGAGGACACUGGAUUCGGAGAACGAUAAGCUCGUAAGCAAAAAUUUCAAUACAGUGUCUAUAAGAAGAAAUUAAUCGUUGAGCUUUGAAAUCCAGAAGAUGAAUAUCGGUUGAUGGAAGCGACUAUGAGAGAGCCGAUUGGUACUCUUAAAUUCAAUAUUCCUUCGUUCGGAUCGAAAAAUGAAUGAUCGAAGAAUGCAUGCUGGAAUCCAUCUACCAGGUGUUUCAGCGAGAACGCGAUGAACGAAAGAAAUCUUCAAAAAUUGUAUGUACUGUAUGUAGAACGAUGUAGCUCUUAUCACACAGAAUGCUACCGACGCCUAUUAGUGUGUUAUGGAUAAUAAAAUAUAUGCAAAAAAAUAAAAUAAAAUAAAAAAAUAAAAAUAAAAAGAAACGAAGAAACUGAUGUAUCUCGAACGAGGAAACAUUUCACUUGUGCGCGAACGACGUCAAGUAAGGAUAACGGAGCGAAUAGCAUGUGCGCGUGUAUAUAGGUACCCUGUAUAUAGUUUUAGACUUAAAUAAUAACGUCCGAAAAUUCCAAAAUAGGCGAGUCCCCUAUCCUUUACACACGUAACACAGCCGCAUACAUAAACACAUUGAUACACACUCGACUCUAAUUCCGAUUGAAUAGCUAAAUAUAGAUAUCUUGUAUCUUUAUAAUUUACGUUAGUAUAUACCGAUAUAUAGGUAAAUACAUAUAUAUAUAUAUAUAGGUACAUAAGUGUGCGCUCGCGUGGAUGUGUGUACACUGUACAUAUAUGUAUAGGUAUACGUACGCCUUCGUACGUUUAAUAUACCUAUGUACGUAUUUGACACACUGAUCACGGAUACACUCACGCAUACACUCAUACAAUCUCGAGAGAACCCAAUCUUCUCCUUAUAUUGCUCUUACAAUUAGAUUUAUACCUUACCCAUAAUAAACACACGAUAUUGACGACAUCUAAAACGCUACACUAUCAUCUACUCUGUAACACACAAAUUGUAUUAUAUUUUAUAUAUAUAUAUAUAUAUAUAAAUAUGUAAAUGUUUUUCUAUAACAAUA